GGGAGAGAAGGAAAAUGCAUUCCUUUGGACGGAUUUCAACAUCUCUCUUUACAAUUCUGAUGCUUCAAUUCAAAGCAUCAGAUGGGCAACAGCGAGCUUUCUUCACUGUUGCAGUUGGUGAUGAGGUCACCCUACCGUCUGGAAAUGUGAGGACAGAGAAUCAUAACUGUGACGGAAUCACAUGGAAUUUCAAACACACAGGACGGAAAACUGUAACAUGGUUUGGACAAGGGAUUUUCACAAAGGAAGCUAAAGCUAAAUCAGGCAAACUGAGUGUUACAGCAAACUGUUCUCUGGUCAUUAAGAACGUCACAGCAGAUGAUUUUGGUUAUUACUGCUGCAGAAGGAAGACAACAGACCAAAAAUUCUCCCUCAUUAAGGUUGAUCUGAAUGUUGUCACCAUGACUGAACAUAGGAACGAGGAGGAAGUUACCUUUAGAUGCUCUGUGUCAGUGUAUACCGUCUGCAAGCACUUAGUGGUGUGGCUGUAUGAGGGCAAAGAGAACAUAUCCCCAGACAAGAACAUGUCAACUUCCUGUGCAGCAGCAGUCACAGUACCAAUGUCUUAUCUCCAUCAGAAUUCUAAGUUUUAUGAGUUAUUAAAGUGCAAAGUUAAAGAGGCUUACAAUAAAAAAGAUUACCUGUUCACCUUCAGCCAUCAGACAUCAGGUAAGAAAACAGUCGAGGAGAUGAUGGACUGUUUACAUGCACUUGUGACCUGA